AUGAGUCUUGAUGCGCAAAAAAUUGAUAGUAGCCAACGUCAACAAAUAAUGGCGACGGUACAACAGCAAUUAGCUAUUCAACAUGCUCAAGAACUUCUUCAAAAAUUAUCUGAUAAAUGUUUCAAAGCUUGUGUUCAAAAACCUGGCAGUACUCUAUCUAGUUCCGAACAGAAAUGCAUUAGUCAAUGUUCUGACCGAUAUAUGGAAGCAUGGAAUGUUGUUUCGCGAUCAUAUGCCGAUCGAAUUAAACGUGAACAAAAUCGGCAUUAA